AUGGCCGAAGGAGAGACGCGCUGCGAGCAAUGCAUUCAGCGGGAUACCAACUGCGUCUUCUCCACUAAGGCAAAGACGGGACCGAAGCCGAAGAGCGCCAAGGCUAAGGCGGAAGGGGCCACUCGACACAAGGGCAAGAGCUCCCGUAGCUCCGCCCGUCGAGUACGCGGCGCCUCCCGGGUGCCCUCCGUCCUGCCCAGACGCGGCAGCGCCAGCGGGCACGGCAGCUCGUCCUCCUCGUCCUCCUCGUCCUUCCCCGGCUUCGAGGCCAUCGGUGACUCUUUCGCGUCUAGAGCUGUGGCUGCUCCUACCGCUCAGCCGCCGGUGGAGGCGGGAACGGCCGCAGCCGGCCGUGAGCGGCUGUACCUGAGCGUUUUCAUUGGAACGGUGGGCAAGCUGGUGCCGCUCGUACGGGAAGAGGUGCUAUCCGUGGCCCUCAGAGAGCGGCAGCGGCUGCCGCAGGACAUGGCGACCGCUGUCGGGGCCGACCUCGUUGCUUGCGAGCAAGCUCAGGUGGUCGGAGCGAUUUCUCUGGGGGCCUUGAUAAGCGGAGACCAGGAGGCAGCGCACGCGUACUACCUCUCUCUGCGGUACCACCUCGGCGAUGUCAACGGCCUGACAGGGGUGGGAGUCGUGCCGUCCCUCGCGCUGGUGGCGCUCUACUGGCAGCACCGGGGCGAAGACGAGCUCAAGAUUGAAUGGGUCGGCCACGCCCGCCGUGUCUUGGCGAACGUCCAGAGCAUCCCCGCUAACCUUGUCCUGUCCAUCGAGUACCUGGACUACGCCCGCGAAGCCCACCCGAGGCCAGGGGUCGAGCUGAUGCCGUCGAGCCAUAGGGCCUUGCACUCCAUCUCUUGCCUCCUAGCAAACAUGCCGGCGAUCGUUAACCCAGCCGUGGGGCGCGCGGCAGCGAUCGGGUCCUGCGAAGAGCUCAGCAUCUGCAUUCUCGGCUUGCGCAACGAGACAUCCGUCGAGCUGACGCUCUUGCUGUGCACAUCCCUGCGUGCUCUGCUGCUCGCUAUGCUGGGCCAACGAGACGCCGCCACCGACGUCCUCGACACCAUCCCUUCCCUCGUCGACGUCGGCAGCGGGGGAAAUCCCUCCGUCGUGCGCGCUCUCCCGCUGAGCUGGGACGCGCUCCUGAUCGCCUCGGCGCUGUCUUUCCUCCUCGGGCAGGGAGCCACCUACCAGCGGCUCCGGUCGGCCGUCGAGCUUGCCACCGACGUCCCUGCGGAGGCGCGCUGGACCUUCUGCCUCCCCGAGCCCGGGAGCGACCCCCAGGCCUACGUCGUCCACGAGUGCAACAGCAGCAGCAACAUCUGCAACAUCAUGUGCGAGAUCGCGAGCAGAACGAACUUCGGCGCGCAGCCGUUCUACUCGGAUGAGCAGCAGAAGGGGGAGGAGCAGGAGCAAGAGCAACAGCUACAGCAACCUGGGCGUCUCCACCCAUCCACGCCCAUGAUGCCGGCGUUAGUCCUUACAUCGCCACACCGGCAGCUGUCUCACGAGACGGCGGCGGCUCAACUCUCUGGGGAUCACCGCUAUGGGUACGGGCCCGCGGGUAAAACCGUGAGGAGGUUGCCGUCCGACUUGCAGGGCAACUUCGCCGCCGUAGGCAUUGACGGCAGCGGUGACGUCGGCAUGAUGCCGUUCAUCGACGGCGGGUUUGGCGGCCGUGGAGCGGGGGCGACGGAUGGAAGAGCCGGCAUCGCUACCACGGUUGCGGAGGACAUGGUUUUGGAAGGGGAUUGCGUGGAUUCUGCCGCUUACAAGCGCAGACGGAUGAUGCCUGGCCAAGGCGGCGGCGAUCCGUUCGACCCGUCCGCCGGCAGCUUUUGCUUUGCACAAGAAGGUGGCGAUGGCGAAGGGCACGGCCACAUGCCUCUCCUCCCACCGAGGCACUCCGGGUCCGGCGGCACAGUGGAUGCCCUUGGCCACUACGACAGCAGCAAAGCUUUCGGCCAACGUGCUCUCGGAAUCCGGGGCACAGGGCCCGGAAAGAGUCUAGGCGGCGGCACGGACGGAGACGAGGACUUCGAAGGCGGAAGUCUUGGACUCACGAGAGACCUGCACAACAUGAGUCUCAGUCGGCUGUCCCUGCCGUCCUUCCCCGACGACGGGGGCGCAGGCGGGGCGCUAGCGGAUGACCUGAACCUGGGCCGUGUGCCCAGCGAGGGCAUCAUGGACCUCAGUUCCUCCAUGGGUAGCUUCAACCUAGACAUGGUCGGGCUGGACGGUGGAGGAGGAGGGGUAAAGAGUGUCAAAGGGUUGGGGAGCUUCAUCACCGGCCCUAUCACCACCGACACCGACGAGGAUGGAGGAGGCGGAGGUGUAGGAGGGAACAGCCUCGGCAACAUCACGUUCCCUGCCGCCGCAGCCGGCGGUAGCGGCACCGGCAGCGGCAGCAGCACCGGCAAGAAGCGCUCCUUCAGCUCUGCGACAUCUAGGCCGCGCCGCUUGGCAUCCUUCACGACCUAUUCGACGUCGCUUUGCCGGACGUCUUCGUCAUCCUCAAUGCCGCGCCAGCGCUUUAGCGGCGGCGGAGGCGGAGGCGGCGGCAGUGGUGGCGAGGAGGGCAGCAUCGGCCAGUGCGGCAGCGACCUUGGUCACGACAUCGUCGCCUCCGCGGAGGACUUCAUGAACGAGGAAGGGAGAGAAGACAUCUGCGGGAACAUUCUUAGCGUCGACGCUAUCCUUGGCGAUAUCGGCAGCAACGCCGUUGGCAAACUGUCAACCUGCAAGGACAGCAACGCCAAGAGUGUGGGAGAGGGGGCCGCUUCACUGGACAAACCUCCGAUACACGCUGCGAUAGCAGGAGAAGGGGGAGGGGAGGCAUCGGCGGCAGCACCAGGAGAGAGUGAAGGAGGAGGGGGGGGUAGCCCCGUGCGCCUCAUGUCCGGCGAAGAAGGCGGCGGUGGCGGCGGUGGUGCCGGCGGCGACAUCAGCACUUCGCUUGAUGAGCAUAAAAAGUCGAUCACCCCCGACACUUUGGCCGACUUCUACGAAACAGGCGGCACCACCCCUCCCUUGCCGGCCCAGCCGUGA